AUGACAGAACCAGAGUGUGUCAUCGAAGAACUUCCUCUCAUCCAGUCUAAGGAAACUACAGACAGAACACUCCUUCGUGUUCCACAGAUUUCAGAGGAACAUGUCGGUAAGGUUAUCGAAUUCCGCGGAUUCCUCGCCAAGAACCGUAGCAAAUUCCUUGUUAUCCGUGACCAAAUCGCUACAAUCCAGGUUUACUCCUCUGUUAAGGCUAACAUCCCAGUCGAGUCCUACGUCGAAAUCAAGGGUACCGUUACAGUCCCAGAAAAGCCAAUCACAGGCUGCACAAAGCAGAACUUAGAGAUUCAGGCCCAGAGAAUCCGUGUUGUCUCAAAGUCUCAGCAACCACUCCCAAUUCAGGUCGAAGACUGCUCCAGAAUCACUGAAGCCGAUGAAGACCGCGAAGAAGAGGCUGAAGAGGCUGCCUUCAACCACGAAGGUGCCAAAGAAGAGGGUCCAAAGUUCGAGCUCCCAACAGAUGCUGAGGGCAAUCCAAUUGACGAACAAGGCAACAAGCUUACACCAGAACAGGUCGAGAAGCGCAAGAAGAACUGGCUCAAGAAGCAGGAGAAGGCCAAGGCUAAGGAAGCCAAGAAGGCCAAGGCUGCCGCUGCUAAGGGCCCAACAGUUACACAGAAGCUCCGCCUCGACAACCGUGUCUUAGAUCUCAGAACAGUCGCUAACCAGGCUAUCUUCCGCCUCCAGUCCAAGGUUUGCCAAUUCUUCCGCGAAUUCUUACUUGCCCGCGACUUCCAGGAGAUCCAUACACCAAAGCUCAUCCCAACAGCUUCCGAGGGUGGCUCCAACGUCUUCGAAGUUAAGUACUUCGACUCCAAGGCAUAUCUUGCUCAGUCUCCACAACUUUACAAGCAGAUGGCUGUUGUUUCCGGCAUGCCACGUGUCUUCGAAAUCGGCCCAGUCUUCCGUGCUGAGAAGUCAUUCACACACCGCCACCUUACAGAAUUCACAGGUCUCGAUGCCGAAAUGGCCUUCGAUACAAACUACCACGAGGCUCUCCUCCUCUUCCAGGAACUCCUCUGCACCGUUUUCACACGCCUUCAGAAGGAGUGCCAGCCAGAGAUUGAGGCCGUCGCUUCCCAGUUCGGCGAGCACGUCAAGGAACUCGUCAUCAAGCCAUGCAUCAUCAACUUCAAGGAUGCCGUCAAACUCCUCAACGAGAACGGCCACCCAGAGAUGAAGCCAGACCAGGACCUCGACACAGAACUCGAGAAGUGCCUCGGCAGACUCGUCAGAGAGAAGUACGGCACAGACUUCUUCAUCCUCGAUAAGUUCCCAGCCGCCGUCCGCCCAUUCUACACAAUGCCAGAUCCAGAUGACCCAAUGUACUCCAACUCUUACGAUAUGUUCCUCCGUGGCGAAGAAAUCGUCUCCGGCGCUCAGCGUAUCCACAACUCAGAACUCCUUCUCCAGUGCGCUGCUAAGAAGGGUGUCGAUCUCUCCCCAAUCAUGCCAUACGUCGAAUCAUUCCGCUACGGUGCUCCUCCACACGCUGGCCUCGGCUGCGGUCUCGACCGUAUCACAUUCCUCUUCCUCGGACUCCACAACGUCCGCCGUGGUUCCCUCUUCCCACGUGACCCAACUCGUGUCUCACCAUAA